ACUACAUCACGCAAUCUGCAAUACCAUACCGUCAUCUCCCAAUCAUCAAUAACUCCAAUACACUAACAACAUGGAAUCCAAAGCAUCCCAAACCACCCUUCUCGCCAAGCACGUCGGCAUCACCGUCUCCUCCAUCGACAACGCCCUCGCCUUCUGGAACGGCGUCCUCGGCCUCACCACCUGCGCCACCGUGGAACCCAGCGCUGCCGAACAGAACACCCUCACCGAGACUCUCACCGGCGUCAAAGGCGCCAAAGUCAAACUCGCCCAUGUGAAAAUCACGGAGGACUUCGUGGUGAAACUCAUCGAAUACACCUCCUCUCCCGCGGAAAAUGGCGUGACUAUCAAGAGUAAGCCCAAUGUGCCGGGUACCAUGUAUCUGAGCCUGCAGGUGGCGGAUCUGGAUGGUGUUCUUGAGAAGGGAAAGAAGUUGGGGUGGGAGAUGGUGGAUGGGACUGGGGUGAUUACCUUGCCUCAGUGUGGACCGUCUGCGGGAAGUAGGGUUGUUUUUCUGAAGGGGCCGAACCAGGAGAUGGUGGAGUUGGUUGAGGCGCCGGGGGAUAAGGCUGUGAAGGGGGUGAAGGGGAGUGCGCUUGUUGAGGAGAUUGAGAAUGGUGGGGAGGAGGAGGGCAAGGAGGAGGAGAGUGCUAAGAAGAGUGAUGAAGAGGUGAAGGAUAAGAAGAAGGUCGUGGAGACUAUUUUGAUUGAUGACUGUUAAUUGUGGCAUAUUGCUCUGGGGGCUCAAGUGUGGUGUGGGGGCAUGCCUAUUGCGUCUCAUCGGAGACAUGGGGCAGUUGGUGAAGGAGGAGUAGAGGGUUAGCAUCACUGAUACAUAUCCACUU